GCAGUCUUCCACAUGGCCUCCUCCAACCAGGCUGGAACCGGAGUGUACGUUUGAGGGUUUGUAGCUAAGCCCGAGUGAAGAAGAAAAAAAAAACCCCACACGUUUUAUGCGUCGCACUUUAAUAGAAAUUAAAAUGGGUAAAAGUAGAACCACUAAAUUUAAACGUCCGCAGUUCAGCGCAGUGGGGCUGCCGGCAAACGCUGUGAAGGAAGUGGACGCUGAGGAAGAGGAGCACGUUGAUGAUAGUUGUCCAGCUGCGGAGUUACUGGAGAAAUUGCAGAGUCCAAGUGCAGAUGUGCGAGAGUUUGCAUGUGCCAGCAUUUCCCGGGUGGUACAGCAGAGCCAGACCAUUCCCGGUUUCCUGCAGAGGGAUGCUGUGAGGCGCCUCGGGCCCAUGCUGCUUGACAGCAGCCUGGCUGUUAGGGAGACUGCCACAGGAGCACUCAGGAAUCUGAGUGCAUGUGGAGGUCAGGAGGUGUGUGAGGACAUGGUGAAGCACGACGUCAUGACUCCUCUGACAGCACUGCUUAGAGAGUGCUGUGCUGGUUUUGAGAGUGCUGCUGUGCAGAUCAAAGACCAGAAGAAUGCAGUGGAGGAUGUAGCCAAUGAGGCCGUGAACUUACUCUGGAAUCUAUGUGAGAGCAGCAGCCAGGCGCUGUCUGUGUUCAACAAAGCAGGUCUUCUGGAUCUGGUUGUCCAGUGUCUGGAAGGACACCCACACCAUGUGGAACUGGCCAUAUCUGCUGCUCACUGUUUGCACACUGUGACUGAGGACAACCCGGAGCUGCUAUGUAGCAUGAACACUGCUGUGCUUGGUGCCCUGGAGAACGUGCUGCUGUCAUCUCAGCCAGGCAUGGCACACACCCUCCUCAGGACACUGGCUGCAGGGACACUAUGGAACAUGAAGGGCAGUCUGCCUGCUGCCCGUCAGGCCCAGACUCUCAACGCUGUGGUGGCCACCUUGUCACAGUGUCUGGAUGUGGACGCGGGUACACUCAUACCUGAGCUCAGACAGGCAGAAGAGGUCCGUCACAGAAACGCGCCUGCUGUGACAGACAUGGAAGACCAGGCUGCACGAGAGCCUGCUGUGGAGGAGAUGAUUGAGGAGGAGGAGGAAGCACCUAAACAGAAGAGGAAUGGAAAGGUUGUGAAGGUUGAUAACGACUUCUCUGACCUCCUGCCUAGGGGCAAGGAGGAGCUGAGGGAGGCAACGGCCUUGCUGACAGCCCAGCAAACGUCCUUAGAGAUCAUCGUCAACAUGUGCUGCUCCGACGACCCGUCUGAUGACGAGUGGGAGGAGGAGUCGAGCAGCGAUGAGAGCGACAUGGGUCCGGAUGGUCUUUGUGAUGGAGUGUCCAAUCUCAUGUCUCCACUGUGCUUGUCAGCUGAGGUUCACGGCGCCUUGAUCAACCACAACAUCCCUGAAAAGGUCCUCAAAAAGACUGAGUUCCCCAGAACAGAAGCCAUGGAUAUGUGCCAUCAGAAUCCCUCCUGGAGAGGCCUGAUAAAAAAGAUGCAGCGCGUACAGUCCCGUGCUCUGACGUGCCUCCAUAGCAUCCUCUCCACCAUGGACGCAGAGUCUCUGGGAGGACCGGCAGCUCUGCAGGGAGCAGCGCAGCAUCUGUCCACCCUGGUUUUUGGCGCAGCAGAGAUACCCAAAGAUGAGGAGUUUCUUGAGGCCGUCAUCAGCGCCAUGCGUUCUCUGUUACAGAUGAUUGCCUCCAAAAAUAUCCCCCAGUGUAUGACCCCCCAGCAGCUGAUGAGCCUGAGCGAGGCGGCCACCCGCUGCGAUGUUGUCAGUGUGAGGGUCAACGCCGUCGCCAUUCUGGGCAUCACUGGCAGCACAUUAGCCAAAGAGAAGGGCACUGCUGAAACCCUUCAGAUGAUUGGAAAUGCCUUACUUCAAGUCGCCACAAGGGAUCCUGACCUGGUUGUAAACGGAGAAGCCCUCGAUGCCCUGUUUGACGUUUUUGCUGAUGGAGAUGAGGCGGAGACGGCUGCUAAAAACAUCCAGUUACUACCUGCACUGAAGGCACUUCAGCCUGUCUUUAAGGCCAAGAUUCGUAAAGAGGGAAGAGGCAAGUACAGCCCUCAGCAGCUGUGUGUGCUUGACAACAUCAAAGUCAACCUGAGAAGGUUCAUUGGUUAUUUGGAGAAGGUGGUGAAAAAAUGAGGACUUUCACUACUUCACACUGGGAUGAGUGGAACCUGUGAGGUUUGGGUGGAUACUGUAUGAUAGCAGGAGCAUAGAAUGAAACAGAAUAUUGGUUGUGAAACCAUCAAGUAUUUAUUAUGUUGGUAGCAAACCAUUUGUUAAUGACUGGUUUCAAUGUUCAUAUUCUCUAUAUAAUGAUUUACUAUUUUACUUAGUGAUGUGAAAGUGUAUUUGUUGUGAAGAGAGAAGGAUGGUAUCUAAUAAUUAUUAGUUACUGCAUGUUGCAGUAAAGAGUUUUUUUUUUCCCCCCUAGAUUUAACUCAAAAGGAUUUUCAGACUUGAGUGUGAAUGUUUUCAUGCCCCUGAGUUAACAUUUGAACAGAACAGAUGUGGUGAGCUAACAUCAAGUUUCAACAUCAGUACCCUUAUUUUGGCCCCAUGUUUAGUGCGGUAAACAUUUCAAGUUUUGCAGUUCUGCUGGUCCUGACAAGGGUUAGGAAGCAGGGCUAUUCAAAAUUGCCCUUUAUAUGAGUGAUUUAAGUGUCAGCUACUAUGUGAAAUGAGAUUUUGGUUUAUGGAAUCAUUAUUUUGUUAAGCAAUUGACUUGCAAUUGACUUAAGCGAAACAAAAUUAUUUUGUCAUUUCAGUAAAUUACUAAGAUGAAAGGGUUUGGCAUGCUAACUGCCAAGGUUAUGAUAAAACUACAGUAUAUUAAAACAGUCAUUUUAACCUUUAGAUACGAGCACAUAUUCUCUACCUCUGCGUCUUCGGCCUCCCAUGUGUUAGCGUUAAUUGCACACUCUGUGUGGCACUACUCCGAUGCAUGGAGUGGCAGCUGCUUUUGCAGUGGUAAAUGUGAACUUCUCUGUCUGCAAGUCACCACAGCAGUCAGCUUUCUACUGAGAGUAUUCCUUUAGGUAACAUUAGAAAAUAAUUGCCUAAAUACAAAAAAACAAAACAAAAAACGAUUUGGCAUUAUGAAAACCAAUGAGUAAAAAAUCAGGAUCAGUCAGCAUACGGAAAUUGCUGCUACAGUUGAUGACCCUGUUCUACAAAAGAGCAGAUUUGAAAUAAAGUAAAUCCAGGAUACUUUUCAUUGAUUGAGAUUCAUGGAUUAUCAUGUCAACUCCUCAGCUGUCCUGGUUUGGGUCUCCAACAGCCUUUCAGGGGAAUAUCAAUAAAAUUGCAAAUAAUUGAUGUCCAAAAAUCAAGGUCAAAGAUUAAUUUGAGGGAGAAUAUGUCAUCAGGCUAUGGCUGAAUGCUUUUUUUUUUUUUCUAAAUAAAUCUCUUUUUCUUAAAGUG